GGCGGGGCGGCGGCGGCGACGGCGGAGGCGGCGGCGGCGGCGCGGGCACUCAGUUCCCGGCGAGUGGCCACAGUUGGGGCUUGGCAGUUCGCGGGGGUCACAGCUCUCAUGGCUGCAGCUAGCGUGAGUCCCCCCAGCUCCCUGGACUUGCUGCAGCCUGGCUUCUCCAAGAGCCUCCUGGGGACCAAGCUAGAGGCCAAGUACCUGUGUUCUGCCUGCAGGAACGUCCUGCGGAGGCCCUUCCAGGCCCAGUGCGGCCACCGGUACUGCUCCUUCUGCCUGACCACCAUCCUCAGCUCUGGGCCUCAGAAUUGUGCUGCCUGUGUUCACGAGGGCAUAUAUGAAGAAGGCAUUUCUAUUUUAGAAAGCAGUUCGGCUUUCCCGGAUAAUGCUGCCCGCAGGGAGGUGGAGAGCCUGCCGGCCGUCUGUCCCAGCGAUGGGUGCACCUGGAAGGGGACCCUGAAAGAAUACGAGAGCUGCCACGAAGGCCGCUGCCCGCUCAUGCUGACCGAGUGCCCCGCGUGCAAAGGCCUGAUCCGCCUUGGUGACAAGGAGCGCCACUCAGAGCACGAGUGUCCGGAGAGGAGCCUGAGCUGCCGGCACUGCCGCGCACCCUGCCUUGGGGCAGACGCGAAGGCUCACCACGAAGUCUGCCCCAAGUUCCCCCUGACGUGUGACGGCUGUGGCAAGAAGAAGAUCUCUCGGGAGAAGUUCCAGGACCACAUCAACACCUGUGGCAAGUGUCGGAUCCCCUGCAGAUUCCACGCCGUUGGCUGCCUGGAGACGGUGGAGAGAGAGAAGCAGCAGGAGCACGAGGCGCAGUGGCUGCGGGGGCACCUGGCCAUGCUGCUGAGCUCUGUCCUGGAGGCAAAGCCCCUCUCGGGAGACCACAGCCAGGUGGGGCCGGAGCUCCUGCAGCGGUGUGAGACACUGGAGAGGAAGACGGCCACCUUUGAGAACAUCGUCUGUGUCCUGAACCGGGAGGUGGAGAGGGUGGCCAUGACUGCGGAGGCCUGCAGCAGGCAGCACCGGCUGGACCAAGACAAGAUCGAAGCCCUGAGUAAUAAGGUGCAGCAGCUAGAGAGGAGCAUCGGCCUCAAGGACUUGGCGAUGGCUGACCUGGAGCAGAAGGUCCUGGAGAUGGAGGCGUCCACCUAUGACGGGGUCUUCAUCUGGAAGAUCUCAGACUUUGCCAGGAAGCGCCAAGAAGCUGUGGCUGGGCGCACGCCAGCCAUAUUCUCCCCAGCCUUCUACACCAGCAGGUACGGCUACAAGAUGUGUCUACGCAUCUACCUGAAUGGAGACGGCACCGGGCGAGGGACACACCUGUCUCUGUUCUUCGUGGUGAUGAAAGGCCCGAACGACGCCCUCCUGCGGUGGCCCUUUAACCAGAAGGUGACCUUAAUGCUGCUGGACCAGAACAACCGGGAGCACGUCAUUGAUGCCUUUAGGCCGGACGUGACCUCAUCCUCUUUUCAGAGGCCGGUCAACGACAUGAACAUUGCCAGCGGCUGCCCCCUCUUCUGCCCCAUCUCCAAGAUGGAGGCCAAGAAUCCCUACGUGCGGGACGAUGCCAUCUUCAUCAAGGCCAUCGUGGACCUGACGGGGCUCUAGCCACCACCCACCAGAGGCUGGGGCAGCCGGGCACAGCUGGCUCAGUGAGGGGCCGCCACGCUGGGCCAGGGCCUCACCGCACAAGGGUGGGUAGGGGCCAGGUUUGGGCACUUGGGAGGUUGUCACCGAAGCCCAGGUCAGCGUCAUGCAAGGAGGGCGCCGCUGGCCAGUCCUCAGAUCUCUGACUGCGUGGAGGCACCAGGGAGAUGGGCGCACCCAAGGCCCUGGUGGGAUCAGCCAAGGAUCUUCAAGGGCUCCUGGCGGAAACCGCCCUUGCUGUCUGUUCUGUACAGAAGGGAAAGGCCCUUGGGUGGGGGUGCUCAGAGGGGAGCACAUUCUAGUAAGGGGCUUCAAGCAGGGCAUGCACAGCGGGAGUGUGGCGGGCCGCUUCAUGGUCAGUAGGUGGGGCUGCCCCAGUCUGUCCACAGAGCGAGGAGCACCAGGCUGCUCCGUUCUGCCCUCAGGCCCCUGGAGGGAAGGGAGCGUUGUUAGACCCCUGGGUGCUUGUCUGGACAGAGCUCCCGCCUGCGCUGGCUUGGCCGGGCCAGCAGGCAGGAGAGGGCGCUGGUCCUGCGCAGUCCAGCCCCGCCGGGCGACGUGUGUUAGCUGCACCAUCCGGCUGAGAAGUCGUUAUUAAACCGUUCAGAUCUCUGGUGA